AUAGUCUAGUGGCGUACACAAUUCAAUGUACCGCUGUAUAUGCUCGAGGUCAUCUUACGUUCAAUCGACUCACGGCUUUAAAAGUUCCUGAUUUUUGCUGAUAUCGGGUCGAUUUUCAAGUUAAUGAUAUCAUUGCAGACGGUUACUACUACAAUUGCCGGAAUACGUCAAUAACAUUCAAUAUAUUUGAAUUCAAGGGGAAGAGAUCAAGCUAAAAAAAAUGGAAACUGCCGACUUGAAAUCGUUGAUGCACGAUCCGGACUACUACACGAAGUCGUUCCACGCGUACGCCAAAAACUCGAAGAAGUUCGCCGUGUUGGAGAGAUGGGGUGAAAAUACAUUCCCCCAGCUCAUCGGAGAGAGAUUGGCCAAUACCUUCCCACAAGAGACCAAUAUUAACAUGCUGGGAAUAGGAAGUGGAUCAGGUGAAAUGGAUAGCUCGAUGGCGGCAAGUGUCAAAGCUAGAUUCGAAUCCGUCCGUAAUGUUGUUCUCGAACCUGCCGCAAAGCAACUUGAGAUGUACCGCUCCUUGGUAGAAAGCAAAAAGACCGACUUUGAAGGCAUCGAGUUUGACCUCCGCCAAUGUGGCAUCGACGAGUACCGUGCCCAGGUAGGCGACCAACCAAGCAAGUACCAUUUUAUCAGCGCCAUACAUUCCCUGUACUACGCCAAGGACCACAAGGACACCAUACGGUAUCUCUACGAUUGCCUUGAGGAGGGCGGUAUUCUUCUCAUAAUCGUCGUUUCAGAUGUCAGUGGAUUUUGGCGUCUCUGGGACCGGUUCACCCGAUUCCAAGACGGCGUUAGUCGCUACCUCUGCACUACACACAUACGAGAUAGCCUCUCAUCUCUCGGGAUCAAGUUUGACGAAUCCCGCCAAGCGUCACGCGUCGACAUCACCAGCUGCUUCCAAGAGGGAUCCGACGACGGGGAACUCAUCAUCGACUUUCUCAGCCACACCGUCGAUCUCCGGGGAUCGGCAUCGCCGGAGCUGUAUCGAGAGGUGGUCGAUUACAUGGGAUCGGAGAAGUGCGCUGAACGGAAAGAAGAUGGGUCGAUUCUCUUUAACAACGACUGGGACGCUACGAUAGUUCAAAAACCAUUGUCUAAGUAAAAUGUCUAAAAGAUGGGGGGGGGGGGGGGGUCACUUCAUACUAGCCCGUUUGGUCCUGCCCGGGCCCGUUAGAGAAGUUCUGUUUUGUAAACAGAUAUAAUAGUCCACUAAUGGACAUUAGUGUCAAGUCCAAACCAAAUAAAUUGUUGAUUUGAAUCAAAAGAGAAAAUUCAAACUAGUAUUAGGCUGAAAGUUUCAUUAAAGUCUGAUGUAAAAUAAGAAAGUUAUGACAUAAUAAAUUUCGCACAAAACAUUAUUAUGUACAUCUCAUUGUGCAAAUGAGUGAGUCGAUGAUGUAACUCUGACUCUCUCACUCACUAUUUCAUUUUGUAAAUGAAAAUGAAGAGCCUUACAUCUGUAUAAGAAUGAAAGUAUUCUCUCUAAAAAAAUAAAAUGUAUUGGGUAGACCAAGAAGCACGAAGAAUUCGAGCGAUCCGCCGUAAAUGAUAUAUAACAUGCAGGCGAGAUCCAUUCCCGGCAUUCAUCACAAGUUCCUGAUAAACCCAUGCAGUAACUUUUCCACAAAGAAAUGCGGGCACGAAAAAUCACACAAAUUUCCACCAUGCAUGAACCGGUAUUUGGGCAGAUAAAGCCCCUUUCACAAUUGACGUACGACCAUUUGCGACCUUUUGGUCGUGCGACAGGCUGCAACAGGCAUCAAUCGCUAGUCAUCUCAUAAGAUCGCACAGAGGCUUUCACAGUUGCAACAGCUGUCGUACAACAAAACAACCAGUAAACCCCGAUGCACGAGUAAGUCGCAUAUACUCUUAUUGUGCUCGUGCGAUCACAUGCGAGUGUUGCACGAGGGAUUGCGAGUGGAACGGUCGCAUACAUGCGAAUGAAACGGUAGUGCAAUGUUGUAAGCCGUUGCGAUCGGUCUUGCAACAGUCUUAUGGCCCAUAUUAUUAUCGCAACCAGUCGCAAGACAGGUCUCUGUACAUGUAGGUCGCUUGCACAUGUGCAAGUGUUGCACGACCUCCAGUCAAGUAAAUGCGACUACUUAGUUGUGCCACCUCUCGCACCAAGUCGUACAACGUUGAAAGACACUCGCACGAUGAUCGCCCGACCGAUGGUACGACCCCGGGUACGGUCUGAUGCGAGUGAAUCGAUCGUAUUUGAUCGCGUUCGGAUUUUGAACAUGUUCAAAGUUCAGAUGUGACCAGUCACGACCACCUCGAGUUCGUGCGACCGUCUACAACGACUGCGAGUGCUCGCAAGACACCAAGAGAUCGAUCGUGCAACAACAAGAAAAAACUGUUGCAGGCAGUCGUAAACUGGUCGGACGUCAAUUGUGAAAGGGGCUGAACGGUCGCAUACAUGCGAAUGCAACGGUAGUGGAAUGUAGUAAGCCGUAAUUUCGAUUGGUCUUGCAACAGUCUCAUAUUAUCGCACCCAGUCGCAAGACUGGUCUCUGUAGGUCUCCAGCACAUGUGCAAGUGUUGUACGACCUCCAGUCGACUAAAUUCGACUAUACUUAGUUGUGCCACCUCUCGCACCAAGUCGUACAACGUUGAACAACACUCACACGAUGAUCGCCCGACCGAUGGUACGACCUGUUGCGAGUGAAUCAAUCGUAUUUGAUCGCGUUUGGAUUUUGAACAUGUUCAAAGUUCAGAUGCGACCAGUCACGAUCACCUCCGACCACCUCGAGUUUGUGCGAUCGUCUACAACGACUGCGAGUGCUCGCAAGACACCAUGGGAUCGAUCGUGCAACAACAAGAAAAAACUGUUGCAGGUGGUCGUAAACAGGUCGUACGUCAAUUGUGAAAGGGGCUUAACUCACCUCAUUCGCAUUAAAAAUCCAUCUUGAAAGCGCAGCAUGGAAAAUCAAGUCCGUCUUGUCUGAAGUAAAUGCAGGAAAGAGCGGAUAGAUGAACCCCAAUCCCUAGAUAAACAUGACUAAUGUAGUUACAAUAAACUAUUAUGAAAUAAUGCGCACACAUACAGUCACGCACUAGACACUCAAGCUAGAAAAAUUAAUGAUGCAGUCAAUAUGAUUUUGAAAUUUGGCGCGUGAAUACUUAGCGAUAAUUUUGGUAGUAUCUAUCAGCAUCGACCAGUUAUCUAUAUAGGCCUACAGGGGUCGUCGAGUUUUUGUACCUGCACCAUAUGGAAUAUAUAGUUAUGUUGUAUACGAGCAUUAUGUACUGUUCCUUUUUCAAUUGCUGCAUAUUCUAAGGUAUGUAUAAAAGAAAUGGCGAUAAUAUUAAUAGUAUCUUUCAGCGUCGACCAUUUUUUCUAUAUAGGCCUACAAGGUUUUUCGAGUUGUUGUGUAUACUGCACCAUAUAGAAUAUGUAAUUAUAUUGUAUAUGAGUUUCAUUUUCUGCUCCCUUUUUUAAUUGCUGCAUUUGCUAAGGUAUUUUUAAAAAAUGGCGAUAAUAUUGAUAGUAUCUAUCAGCAUCGACCAUUUUUUUCUACAUAGGCCUAAAAAAGUUGUUGUGUAUACCUGCAUCAUAUAGAAUAUGUAAUUAUAUUGUAUAUGAGUAUAAUUUUCUGCUCUUUUUUUUAAUUGAUAAUAUUGAUCUGUAAGCAUUUUCUAAGGUAUAUUGGAUCUAUCAGCAUCGACUAUUUUUCUUUAUAGGCCUAAAUGGGUUGCCGAAUUGUUGUGUAUGCCUGCAUCAUAUAUAAUAUGUAAUUGUAUUUUAUAUGAGUAUAAUUUUCUGCUCUUUUUUUUUAAUUGCUGCAUUUUCUAAGGUAUAUAUAAAAUGAUGGCGAUAAUAUUGAUCUGUAAAGCAUCGACCAUUUUUCUAUAUAGACAUAAAAGGGUUGCCGAGUUGUUGUGUAUACCGUCCUGCACCAUUUAGAAUAUAAUAAUCAUAUUGUAUAUGAGUAUUAUUUUCUGCUCCAUUUUUAAAUUGCUGCAUUUGCUAAGGUAUAUAGAAAUAAAACACUUUUCUAACGGAA